UUAUUGUGAAAGGUUUGACCGGAAGUUUAAUUUCCUGACCCUCCCACUCAAAGCUGCGUGCUCGUAGUCAAGCCAGAAGAAGCCGGGGGGAGAACUACUGCUAACAGGUCCAGUCCUGACCUGAAGAGUUCCAUACACUCCUUUAACUCAGGUUGUAGAAGCACUCCGACCUUCAGAGGCAACCUUCACCACACUCUUUAACCACUCCACCAAGCAGCACCAUGUUCAGCCAGGAUUUUCUACCGAAGGUCACUUUGCCAGAUGUGGAUAAUGUCUGUCAGUACCUCAGGGGUCUAUCCAGAUCCACGGUGAUCAGCAUAGGGGCGGUGGCGGCUGCAACGACUUAUUACAUGGCCAGCCGACCAAAAGCCCUGCCGCCCAUUUGUGACCUCCACAUGCAGUCGGUGGAGAUUCCGGGAGGAGAGUUGGCACACCAAUCAGUUCUACUGAAUGGAGACACCCUGAUGACACAUCUCUUUGACGACGCACAAACAAUGUACGAGUUCUUUCUGAGAGGAACUCGCGUAUCCAAUAACGGCCCCUUUCUGGGAUCCAGGAAACCUAAUUGUCCCUAUGAAUGGAUGACCUACCAAGAGGUCUUGGAGAGAACCGAAAAUCUUGGUUCUGCUUUCCUUCACAAGCAACAUUCCAAGACCUCCGACCCCAACAUUGGCAUCUUCUCUCAAAACAGACCAGAGUGGACCAUAGCUGAAUUAGCAUGCUACACAUACUCCCUAGUGGCAGUUCCUCUGUAUGACACACUCGGAGUAGAAGCCAUCAACUACAUUAUUGACAAAGCUUCCAUCGCAACCAUAGUGUGUGAUGUAGCAGAUAAAGUCAACCUAGUACUUGACUGCGUAAAGGACAGGAAACACACGGUAAAAAGCAUUGUUGUCAUGGAGACGCCCGGUGAGGAUCUUGUCAGCAGAGGCAAGCAGGCUGGAAUCGACAUCAUCAGCCUGGAUGUCAUGGAGGCAAUUGGAAAGGCUCACUAUCGCCGACCAGUGCCCCCCCAGCCUGACGACUUGGCAAUCAUCUGCUUUACAAGUGGAACAACGGGGAACCCCAAGGGAGCCAUGUUGACACAUGGAAACAUUGUAUCCAACUGCUCAGCCUUCAUUAAACUCACCCAGGUCAGCUGUCCAUUGGGUCCCACGGAUGUCCAUAUUUCCUUUCUUCCCUUGGCUCACAUGUUUGAGAGAGUUGUCCAGGGAGUGAUAAUAGUUCUGGGAGCAAGAAUUGGAUAUUUCCAGGGUGAUAUUCGUCUGCUGAUGGAUGACGUCAAUACACUGAAACCUACUUUAUUCCCUGUGGUACCUCGACUCCUAAACCGAAUGUAUGAUAAGAUCUUUAGGCAGGCCAACACUCCUAUGAAGCGCUGGUUGCUGGAUUUUGCAUACAGGAAGAAGGAGGAGGAGAUGUCCAAAGGUCUUAUGAGGAGGGACAGCAUCUGGGAUCGACUGGUCUUCAACAAGGUCCAGGCGAGCGUUGGAGGUCGUGUGCGUCUCAUGAUAACCGGAGCAGCCCCCAUCUCUCCCACUGUCCUCACUUUCCUCCGAGCUGCAUUGGGAUGUCAGUUCUAUGAAGGCUAUGGACAGACAGAAUGCACGGCCGGUUGCGCCAUGACCUUGCCCGGUGACUGGACAGCAGGUCACGUGGGUGCCCCCCUUCCCUGUAACAACAUCAAACUGGUGGAUGUGGCAGAGAUGAAGUACCUGGCAGUGAACGGCGAAGGAGAGGUGUGUGUGAAAGGUCCCAACGUGUUCCUGGGUUACUUGAAUGAUCCAGAAAAGACAGCGGAGACCAUUGAUGCUGAUGGGUGGCUUCACACCGGAGACAUUGGGAAAUGGCUUCCUAACGGCACACUCCAGAUCGUGGAUCGGAAGAAGCAUAUCUUUAAAUUGGCCCAGGGGGAAUACAUCGCUCCUGAGAAGAUUGAGAAUGUCUAUGUAAGAAGUGAUGCAGUGGCACAGGUGUUUGUGCAUGGGGACAGUCUGCAGGCUUGUCUUGUUGCAGUGGUGGUUCCUGACCCUGACUCCCUGUCUGAUUGGACUAAGAGGACCAUGGAAAUAGAGGCUAGCUACGAAGCACUUUGUAGCAGAGAGGAUGUCAAGGCAGCCGUCUUGAAGGACAUGGUGCGAGUCGGAAAGGAGUCUGGCCUGAAGUCCUUUGAGCAGGUGAAAGCCAUACACAUCCACACUGAGAUGUUCUCAGUCAGCAACGGUCUGCUCACUCCAACCCUGAAAGCCAAGAGGAAUGAACUGAGACAAUACUUUCGAUCCCAGCUAGACGAGCUGUACGCUGGCAUAAAGAUGUAGAAGAAGAAAAGCGGACCUAGGUGUGCUAUCAAGUGUCACUUUGUUUUAAUGGAAGAUGAUUUCAAGAUAUUUUAAUAGUACCAAAAAGUGUCUGUCAGAAAUAUUUUUCCACAAAGAUUGUAUAAAAAUGAAUGUACAUUUAUUUUCCUAUGCUUGAAUCAAAGAUCCUUUAUGAUACAUAUAUAUUUUCAUUAAGGACGUUUUAAAGGGAAAGGAAGGUGAGUGUGAUAAUAUACACAAAUUAUAACAAAUAUAUUUCAUAAUUGCAAAGAUGAAUCACUUGCACCGCUGAGCAAAUUCAAUGCAACACUUUUAUUGAUAUUUUGUAGCCACAUGUUUGCUUUUUGAUGUGUGAAUAACCUUAUUCCCAUUAACACUUUGUGCCUCAGGAAGUGAAGAACAAAGAGAAAUUGUCUUAAUAUAUUUGUGACUGAACUGGAGGAAGUGACUGUGAUGAGGGUUAUCAUUUCAUUCCAAUAAGACUUAAAAUCAUCCACUGAAAUGUCUGAUUUCAUAUUAAAUGUGAUGUGUGCUU